AUGUUUGAAGUUGACUGGACGGAUUACGACUGCGAGCGCGUCGGUCAGCGGCGCGCGAGGAAGGAACUUGAGAGGGAACAGAGGAAGAACAAUGAUGCCAGCAGUGGUCACAGGACCAAUUCGACCAUAUCGACUCGAACGUCCAGUUCAUCUGACCAACAUCGUCGGAAAUUCUUUGGAAGCAUUGGCAGGAAAAAGCCCGCGGCUUCAUUGGGAAGUAAUAGCCAGGAAGCCACUACACCAAAGUCAGAGUCGACCAAGGCGAAUGGAGAAUCCAAGCGCGGCUCACUGCGCUUUUCAGGGAUCGCGGCAGUUUUGAUGACACCAUCCACGACCAACGCCUCGACGGGGUUGGAAAACAAACUUCCCAAUAUUCAACGCCCAAAGUCCAUGUUGUCCAAAAUGACCCAGCUGACCAUUCCGACGCUGGAAUCGCAGGGUGACGGGUCGCCAACCGAUGCGACCACCGCGAUCAAGCUGGUUCAGGCGCUCGACGAUAAAGGCUCCUUCGUCGACAAAGUUGUCGAGACAACCUACCACCAACAUGGAGAAACCGACCCUUUCGUUUCUACUCUCGGAACAAAGAUCACCACCGGCCCUAGGACGCCUCGGAAAACAAGAUUGUCGCGGGUCAUACACUCCACACCAUCUCCCGAGGACAAGACCAAGUCAGCCUCCGAGCUCAUCGACGACUGGUUCACGGCUCUGCACAGCCCAAUGACCCGACCGGCCCCCAAGCCCGGCGGCCUCAACGGGACGAUCCGGAGCGGUGGUGUCCUCCUCCCACCCAACGUCGUCCGCCGCACCCUGCCGGAGACGCCAACCCGCCCCUCGGCAAAAAAGAGCAACGUUUGUUUCGCGCCGCCCAACCCGUCCCCGAUACGGUUUUCGGCCGACAACCCAGACGACUGGACGCCGGUGGCCCAGCGAAAUCGGGAACCCUCCGACGCCGCUCGGGCACGACCAGCACGCGUCAAGGACCAAGGUUCCGAACAAGACGAGGAGGAGAUCCUGCGCUUGAUGGCUGCGGAUCUGAAGGACAUUCACAUUCAAGAGGAGGUCGUUCGCGAGAGCCGAAGCCACCCGGCGGGAGAGUGAGGCCCCUCCUGCCAGAUUCUCGGCGGGUUACCCCCGCGGAACUGAGCCCUCGCCCUGCUCUGGUGGGGAAGAAGUCGGCGGUUAGUUAGGGGGAGUGACCGGCGGUUUAAGUCAUCAGAGACCUGUUUUGGGCGUAGGGUUUUAUGGGCUUGGAUUGGUUGCCAAUCUGGGGCUGGAUGUGCAUGAGCAUAUCAUGGGUCAAUAUCGGGCAGAUAGAUAUUGGGCCGGGGAGAAGAUCAGGCUCAAAUAUAUCGGACGUCCCGAGGAGGAGGGGUACGACGCCCUGUGUCCCAGUGACCAGUGGCACGCAAAUUGCAUGGAGGAAUCCCUCUCGAACGACAACGGAGGAUUCAGUUUUGAAAGAGAGAGCGUGCCAGACUCCGAGCUUGUGGGGAGGAAGAUGGCUGGUCGGGAUCCUGGCUAAUAACGCCUGUAUUUAGAGCUAACCGACUCCCGCGAGGAAUGAGAUAC